GCUUCAACUUCGCAUUCACCCGACACGUCAGUGUUCCUUCGUCGUCAUUUUCUCUUUUGUCGUUGAUUCGGCCCCACCUGCUUCUUUCCUCCCCCACCGCCAUGGCUAGCGACAAGCGUCCGAUUCUCUCUGGUAAGCGCAUCCGCAACCGCAGGAAACGUGCCGCUCUGCGCGCCGCGAACCGAGCCAAUGCGUCUCCCACGCCUGAGUGUGACAGUGAAGAAGACGCGAAGCGCCAGCAGCAGCAACAGCACGCUGGGCUUACUAAAUCCGGUGACGACUCCACCAGCAGCGAUAAUACUGCGUCGCAGAGUGAGAACGAGGACGAGAUCGACCCCAGCCUCGUGUUCGUGUGUCGCCCCACGAUGCCCGACUUCUGCUCUGUCUUUCAGCCUCGAGGAGAUAAGUCGACGCGAAGUCGCUCGCCGGCGGACUGCAAGUUAUUUACUGUGCAUAUUCCGUCGUUCCAGGAGACGUGCGAGGGUUACGUCACCUACACGCUGGAACUCACGAUCUGUGACGCACCGCGUCAUAACUUCCAGGUCGAGCGCCGGUUCUCUGAGUUCGUAUCGUGCGCGGUUGAAGUCAACAAACAACUUGCCAGCGGCUUUGCUGCUCGCUGCUGUGCGAGGCUGGAAGACGAGGAGUGCAAGGUAGAGGACGCCACGAAAUUCCAGUGGGAUCUUCCAGCCAAAACGUGGUUCCGUGUGACUCAGCCCAAUGCUCUCGAAGAGCGUCGAGCACAACUCGAGCGGUCUCUGGAGACGUUGCUACUACAGCAAAACCGUCGAAUGUGCAAUCUGCCAGUGAUACGUGACUUCCUCAUGCUCGACAUCUUUGGCGUGCAGGUGGCAGAGCAUAAAAACCUUGAAGCUGCUGCGAACUUCGAGUGAUGAAUCUGCAACAAACGCUAACUAUAACCAGAAACAUUCAAGCGCAACAGCAACGAAGGGAAGCGGACCAGCGAGCCUUCGGAGUCAACCAGCACAGCUCACUUCCUUGGUCUUUUCAUCAUUUUACUCUCACCGGUCGAAAUCGAAACGACCGAUUGCCAUCAUCCGAGAAAAAAUAGCAUACAGACACGUAGAACCACCUCGAGUGCACUCCGUCGAAGCUGUGAACCGUGUAGCUACCAACGGAGUGUCCAUACUAUAAACAAUGUUUGAAGACAUCGCCAAAACUAACAGGCCGUUCUCAUCAUGCGAUUAACAUGUACCGUGGUAGCCCAGGAUAUCAAUUGAAAUAUCGCCGAUGUGACUCGCAUUUACAUCCAUGUACACGAGCUAGCCUUGAAAUCUCCGUAGGUGGAUGCAGACAUAAGCUGGCAAGGCGAGCCCGAACUUUGAGGAUCACCAUCGCAAUUGCCGUACAUGUAUCCACCUAACCAGUUUCGCGAUCCGGCUCGUGCGAUUCCCAGAUUUUCAGAUCCAGUUGUUCGGCGCCGUUCCUGCGAAUACGAGUAUGUACAUCCAUUGUUAUUGUGUGCAGCAAUGCAAUGUGGUCAGCCGUAAUCCGUUGCGGAGGCGUGCUGGCGACGCUCAAGAAUGUAAGCAGGAAUGAUCCAAGUGAGCGAGCCUGUAAAAUCUUGGUAAACGAAUGUUUAGAUGCACUUCAACACGUCCAUAAGAAACUUCUGUUGGUAAUCGGUGUCCGGAGUUAAGUGCCUAUUUUAGCUAGAAAAAUGUAAGCAAAUACGCGAAUCAGCUGUUAUGUCCGAG